AUGCUAUCUACUGCAUAUGCAGAUCUUGUGAAGUAGUUAAUCAUCAGGUAUGUCAUGGAUGUGCAUAACUCUGCCAAAUGAGGUCAGAUGAUUGACAGUCACGUGAAUGACAUCGUGGUGAUGUCAGCAUUUCCUUGCUUAUGUCAUCCAUGUUUGUGUCUGAUGUCAGAUCACGUGCACCCACCUAGCCCCAUCUCGUAUUCGUAUCCCCUCCAUUGCCCAUUUUUGUGCUGCUUGUUUGUUUGCUUUCUUUUUUUCCGUCUGACAGCUGGUUCCCUGUCGGAUGGUUUGUCGCGUCGCACACCGGAACCACACGAGGAAAAUCUCCUCGGAAAUCAUGGCGGCAUUGCAAACCAUGCGGGUUUGUAUCACUCAGCCUGCCACCUGCAGAUGAAAUUUACUAGUCGAUGUCAUAUCACCCCAUUUCUGGGAGAAAUUCUCAUCCCCCUGCGAUCAAAGCAAACCAAGAUUUCGCGGCCCAAAAUUUCGAUUCAGCCUGGUCGGCCCCCACGGACCCCGAUUCCUUUGGCAGGAUCAGUGGCGCAGGGGCAAUCUUGCUGCCUAGGAUGAAGUGGUUCCAGGGACAGCAAACCUCCUGGAUGGGGCUGUUCCCCUUUCCUUGGGCCUAUCAAGGGUUCCCCAGACCGAGGGAUUGGCCCUAACAUUCCUGCCGAACUCCGCGUUAGAGCCGCUGACUGUACGGAGCUCGCUGCAUUCACAGAAACUCUGGUUCACAUGGUGGAUUCGCCAAGGCUGCCCAAAGCCUUCCGGACGAUCCGCAAGAUGUGGCU